UGAAUUUACAAUGCCUCUGUGCAACCGAAUCAUUCACACGUAAUACUCGAACAACAUGACUGCUCUCGGGGGUCCUGAGAACAUCCUCAGCCUCUCGAUAAACGUAAUACCGACCGCUAUUUGCAAGCAUUUCAUGGAAUCAAUCACAUGCCUAACCGCUACUGCAUCCGCAUGGACACUCGGCGGGUAUUGGAGCCUGUUCCGCGUAAAUUAGCGGUUGCCUUUUUCUCUGCCUCGUCGAUAAACAUGGGCCAUCUUGAAGAGUUCGGCGAAGUUAUCUCACGAUGGUCAGGCAAUUCGGAGACUUUCACAAUCUCGGCAUUCCACCUCGGAAGCAGACGGCUAAUGCGUAAUCGGACCUCGGGCAUUACGUUGCGACUCGUGGAAAGCACGAGGUCUCCGGGUUCCGAAUACCUGAGGGAUCAAGGCGACCGCAGGAUCAAGUUAUCACGGUAUGAGACUAGCCGUUGCUCUAGAAUUAUUCUAGAACGAUUCUAGAAGCUCUGUAGAAUGCCAUGACAUCGGGUGCGUGACCCCCCCAAACCAAGGGCACACAUGGUCCAUCUUCCGAACGCAACGGCCAAGCUCGUUCGAAUGAUGUGCCCGAUAUGGCUUUCAGUUCAUCUCUAUGUAGGAGUGAUAUAACGAUUAUAUUGAUGUUAUAAUUAAGCAGCAAAUGUACUCAGCAGCAUCUUGACAUACCUCAGCGCUGGCACUAUCUUGGUUCUGAUAUGUUUGAGUUGGAACGUUUUUUGUGGUUGAGCCUGGUAUCGGAAAACUUGUCUCUCUACCUUUCUUGUAAACAAA